AUGGCAGCAACGCUAAUGCCAUUUCGCGGUCCCGAACAAGAACUUUUUGCUCAUCUUCGGUCAUUCGAAAGUUAUCAGUCGCCUAAAACUCCACCGAAAUAUCCUCAAGAUAUCCCUAGAUCUGAAGAUUGCGGGCAGCAUUUAACAUCUGAUCUAGAGGGGUUCCUCGCUGACGACGAGUUAAAUACAAUGUCCAAUCGGUGGUCUGACGAAUAUCCAAGUCGUGGAUCUAGAUCUCGAUCCCGGUCGCGGUCAUCGUCACCCUGCAAUCAAAUAUACACCAAGACACCGACUUGCACCAUUGAGGAUUUGAGAUGUGUGCUUGCUCAACAGAAAAAUGUAGUUUUGCGGGAUAUGCCAACUGCCAGGUCACCUGGUGCACGGGGCUCCGAGGAAAAAUCCGAUAACGAUGCCAGUAAACGGCCCCAUCUAGGUCGCAAAUAUACUUCACUCCUUGACACAGACACCCCGAGACGCAUAUACACACGCAAACGUUUUGAACCUGGGACCAGGAUCGGAGCCCGUAGUUCAGAGAAUAAUACAAGUCCCCAGCCAUCGAUACCAAUGACCUCUGCAGUGUCACAUUCUAGGAGCACUUCAUCAGGCUCAAACUCUUUUGAAUCUCCCAGUAGAACAGCAUCUCGACCUCUUCAGCCGAUCCUAAGGCUAUCGGAUUCUAAGCUACAAAGACCAAGAUCCAAACCACGCGUUUCAUUCUCGAGCGAAGAUCAAGUUGUAAUCUUCAAACAACAAGAUGAAACUCCAAUCAAAGACGCCCGCAGCCAAUGGAGAAUCGACAGUCUACCCCGUCGUACUGAUUGGGAGGAGCAAAUGGCAAGACUUUCCUUAGAUCAAUUAAGUGCACGUAAAUACUACAAUUCACAGGAUAAAUAUCCCGGAAGACCACGACGUGGUCAAGAACAACGUCGAAAUACAGCCCCAGGAAAAGAUAAGGAAAAGAAAAAACCUAACCGGGCAGCAAGUCCAGUUAUGGAAGGUUCUUUGAGGGGUUCGAAAUCUCCAGAUGAAAAGCCCCAAAUGAAAAAAUACAUACCACCGUGGGAAAAGCCAUCUUUGCACAAACAUCGACAUAUUGAUCUAAUCUGCGGGCAUGAGAUUAUCGACCCGAUGCCUUGCUCCUGCGGAGACCCGGAUAAAGUAUACGAAGGGCGAUUCUCAGACUGUAGACAAUGUAAGAAGCAAAGACUAGCGAAGGAUUGUGAAGAAAAGGCAAAAAGGGACGAGAAAGAUAAUACGGGGUGGUGGUCGAGGUUAACCGGAAGGGGUUGA